UCGCCGCCGGAGGGAGCGGGAGAGAGGGAGGAGGGCCUCCCCGGGCCACAGGCAGCGCUGGUCUUUCCUGCUUCUUUCUCCGCCCGGGCGCUGUCCCCGCCUCCCGCCAUUGCAGUCGCCGGGCCGAGGACUGCCCUCUCCGCGGCCACCCGCUGCCUUUCCUCGGCCGCCCGAGGCGCGCAGACCCGUCGUCGUCGGGAGCGGGAGAGCCUUGGGCUUGCUGCCCCUGCCGCCUCUUCCUGGCCGCGGUGCGGGGCGCGGAGCGAGGUGUGGCUGCCGCGCGCGGGCGGGCGCCUCUCGGGCUCGCUAGGCCACUGUUUCCACGCCACCAGCGACGGGUCGUGGAGAGAGGAUUUUUCCAAAGGCCAAGUGCAAGAUUUGUCGCAGAGCAAGAAUCGGAAGCUAAUUACCUGAUUCCUAGUUGGUGCUUUAAUAGCCAGACUGUUCCUGUCAUUCACACUAGAAGUGCUUGAAAGAGCUCAGUGAAAAUGUCUGGCAAAACACCCGGCACAACAAACAACAUAGCUCAGGCCAGAAGAACUGUUCAGCAGUUGAGAAUAGAAGCUUCUAUAGAAAGAAUAAAGGUGUCGAAGGCAUCAGCAGAUCUAAUGUGCUACUGUGAGGAGCAUGCCAGGAAGGAUCCUUUACUAAUGGGAAUACCUGCUUCGGAAAACCCCUUCAAGGAUAAAAAGACCUGCACUAUCCUAUAGGCUAAGCAGCAAAAUGCCUUCAAGACCCUCCCCUGCAACCGAGCAGAUCCUUAGAGAAGUAACCCGAAGGUUACCUGGUAUCAACCGCAUAAAACAGCAACUCAUUUCCAUUUUGUGUUAAAAUGAACUUUUAAGUUUUCUAAAAAGGUCUCUUUUCUUUAUACCAUUCUAAAUGGGGAUGCAAGGUUUAUAAAGUUACUUCUUGUCAAUGGAAUGGUUCUAAGAGCAUAGUUGGGAAUUGGAUUAUGUUGGCUUUGGGGGUUAUAAAGAGAGGGUUGGGUUGGGUUGGGUUUUACUUAAAAGUGCAAUGAGUGUUCACAGUUCCAGGUGUGAGGUUGAACAAUCAAGACCAAAGUUGCCUGAGCUUCAUUUUCCGACUAGUGAGGCAGACCAGCGUAGAGUCCUAAUCAAGCUUACUUUUAACAUUUUGAUUUUAUACCAGCAUAUAGCCUUGUAUAUGUAAUUGGUGUCUGUAUCUGUGGUCCGUGCGUAUGUUUGUUUUGAUAUAUACACGCAUUACCAAGUGCAUUCUUUAAGUACGCCCUUCAAAGUUUAUUGCUGCAUUUAUCAAUAACUCCUGCAGUUCAUGCCUUUUACCAUCAAGUAUGUCUUAAGCUUUUUCGCAAUGUCUUAAGGACUUGUAGACUUGUACUUAGCAUAAAUUCUUGUUCUCGAAAUGAUUUUGGAAGGAGACAUUUAUAGCCUUUGGUUCUUCUGCCUUCUCGCAUUUCCUCUGAAAUUUAGACUGUCACACAUGGAUUCUGAAAAUUGAGUCUAGAUAAGUUUCUCCUUUUUCGUUGUGAAUCUGCCACCUAACUUUCCUACGCACUUCCCUGUUGUGUUAAUUUUUUGGUAAGCAAGCAUCCAGGCUAUUUUCUCUCUCUCAUUGCUAAAUUCAUGUCUAUCAAAUGCCAAAUAAUAUCUACAGAGGAGUAGGAGACUCUGGGUGCAAUCCGUGGUGCUAUUGCUUCUGCACAAGGCCUAUGAAAAACACUGGUGGUUGUGCUGAGGAAAUGCUUGAAGGGUUGCAGCAAUGCACAGUACUAAAUCUCUGAUGAAUGUAAAUGGUAUUGAAAUGUUUGUGUAGCCUUCGUGUGUUGAUGGAAUACUGAGUGGAAUGAAUCAAUAUCGACUUCUUCUAAGCCCAGGUAUGUAUCAGUAUUCUGUGCGCUGCCAGUCCUUUCAUGUUUUUAACUUUGUGGUCUGCCAUAGCUGUAUAUUUGCAGAAUGUGUUAAACAUUUGGGGUUCAGGGUUGUUCCAUGUGCAAGGAGACUUGAGAUGCAUGGCUAGCAGUGCUCAGGUAGCACAGAAAGCAAAGCCACUCAAUAUUGUUUUUACAGCAAGGCCCAAAGGUUUCCAUCUUCAGCCAAACUAAAGAAAAACCUCCCUAGUUGCAAAGAACUAGAAUUCUCACUUUAAACUAACAGGAGUAAUAGCUGGUUUGCGGCAGAUGGGGGGACGGAACCCAAAAGACCUGACUUUACUGUGACUGGAUCCUGAGAAGCUGGCUGCAGAGCCAGCAAAGCAAUGUGCCUAUUCCACUCCAUAAUUCUCUGCAAUAUAUUAACUUGAAAUUGCAGGAGCAAGGUCUUGCAGAUUUCUGCCUAAAGGCAGAUUUGGCCUUUAUUUCUUUUAGUACUGUUCUAUAAACUUUCACGCUGAUUUUGCUUGCCAUAUACUUCAGUCUGCCCUCUCAAAAGGAAUGUACCAUAUGUCUGUUGAUAAUAUUAAUUAAUUUGACUGCAAAUAAUCUGUAUUUGUGCUACCCAUUGUGGCCAUUUCCCUUGCUACCCGAAACAUAGUUAAUGGCUACUUCAUCAAGAACCAGGAUAACAGGUCCUACGAAACAAAUACUCCCGAUUACACAUUUUGAAAUAGCUGCCUUCCUUUCUCCGUUGGUUUAUUUCAAAAUAUAGGGCAGCUUUUGAUUUGUGAGAUACCCAGAUCUGUCUUUCUAAAGGCUGAUUUACACAUCCAUAUUAUUACAUGGGCAGUCUUGCAUUUUCUGUAGGCUUGUUCGCAUUGAAUCAGUCAUGCCAGUACAAGCAUGGGUCUGGGUCAUGACUUUACUGCAUACAAAGAUCUUUAAAAAGUGUGUCAAAUGAGGAUGCGGUGUCUUGCCAUCUUGAUACCCAUUCAUAGAACUAGUUCAGCACCUACAAAUCAAUGGGGAAAGCCAUAAGUUGUGGUUUUUACCAAUUUUUAAAACAUACUGAUUCGUAUGGCUGUGCACAGAAGCUGUGUCUCCGCUACCAUGUAAUGUGAGUAUUGUGUCUGUCUGGCACUUAUUCCAAGUAAGCCACUAGCAGCAACUCCAUGUCUAUUCAGACAUAACUUCUGUGGACCUUGCUACAGAUAAGUGCAUACAGUGGAGAAGUGCAUGGGCACAAUUGUUAUGUAACUGUUCCCUCAGAGGGUUUGUGUCUUAUACUGAACCAAAAGCUGGAAAAAAGUCCUGUAUCAGUGUCUUACAAUGAUGCUAGCUCCUUAAAAAAUGCAAUUAAUCCUAGGAAUGUUAUUCUCCUUACCCGGAAGCCAAACUAUUGCAGUUUUUAACUCAUUAAAUUAAUGCAUCAUUGUCAUUCUUGUUGUUAAACUAGAAAAACAAAAAGAUAGUUUUCGAUGCAUUAAUCCAUUUGGUACUUUCAUAUUAAAAUGAAGAUGCUAUGUCAUCAUUUGCAAUCAUUUUUAAUUGCUUGCAUAUUAAGUUUAGGUGUUUUAAUUUCACAAAGUGCCCCCCCCCCAGUGCUGCAUACACUACUACAUUGUCACCAGCAACUGCUGCUGUGUAUGCUUUAUUGGACAAUAAAUUUGGACACAUUCCAUUGUUGCAGGCGAGAAAUUUAAACUGCGUGCAUUCCUCCCUGCCUUCCAUUUACACUCCAUUUUGCUUGAGAUAACCAUGUCCUUAAAUCUUAAAAUCAAAGAAUCAAACGCGACACAGUGCCGAUAGGACCCGUUUAAAAUAUCUUCAAAUUAUUCAGUUCCCAAAUAUGUAAAGCUUAAAUGCUGCAUAAGCAUUGCAUACCUGUUGUCAAAGCCAGUGCCGACACUUGAUGACCUAGGCAACUGGCAUGGUUCAAGCUGGACAACCAUUCUCUCUGUCAGAAAACUCUCAGGCUGGUUAGAGUAAGAUUUGCAGGAAAGAUGGAAAAGAAGUCUACGGAGGCUGCAUUGCCACUGUCCAAUGCCUUUCCUAUUUUCUAAUCUCACAUAUCCACUCCCACCCCCUAGUUUUCCUUAUGCAUGCCUAGAGGUGUGUACCCCUAGAUGCCAGACCCAUUUUCUGAGUUUAUUUUGUUUUCCUUGAUACCAAUGCUAUUAUAAUCUAAGUGUAUUUUAAAACCCUUUUCAUGUGUUUGGCAUGCUCAUGUGUUGCAGCACCAGGACAAAAUAGCUUGGAUCCAAAGGUGCUCUUUCGCACAUGGCAGAAGGUGUUUUGUGCUCCUAGAUGGGCACUAUUUUAUACCUCAUGCUAAAGAGUUGCGCGAGAAAAGAGUAGACAGGUAUAGGAUUGUGCGGUGAGUCUGCAAUCCUAGACACACUUACUGUGGAGUAAGCACCACUUAAUCAUAAUGGGCCUUACUGCUGAGUAAGUACAUAGGAUUGCAGGACAUACCUAAAGCUGAUGGUUCUGUUUGGACUAGCGAUUGCAUGAGAACUGUUCUAGAACUUAUCUCUUGGAACACUCUGUGACCUGCCAGCUCUUACAGCACAGAGCUAGUAGCUGUUAUACUUCUGCUCACGGUGCUUUGGAUCCAAACCAAUAUUUUCACCAGCAGUGCUUUAGAACUGUAUUAUACAUAAUGUAUUUUACUAACUGAAGGAGAGUAUUAAAAAUGUCAUGUUGUAAGCUGUGGGAACACAAUUUUAAUUAAGUAAAAAAUUGUGCCAACUUUGCAUUCAGAAAUGCCUUUUGACUUUCUCUUUAAAACACAUGGUUUGAAAACUUUCACCCCAGUAUUGGUUUCUUUUUCAGUCUUGGCCCAUUCAUAGUUUUUAGUCACAGAACAGCUGUAUACACACCACCAAAAUACAGCUAGCUGCUUCGGGACACUUCUAUCAGAUUUUAGGUAAUUGCUAAAUGCAUUGUCACAUUUUCCCAGACUUCCAAUAAUGGCAUAUUGAAGAGUCAGAACAUGCAUACAUUGCUUUUUUGUGUGUAAAGCAAACUUUGCGAUGAUGGUUAUAAUCAUAAUGCAAAGCGUAGAAAAUAUUGCCGUCAUAUGCAAUCCCAUUUCUCAUUCUCCAUUUAUUUCUGUGGAGCUUGUAUGAGGCUCCCAUAGACCACAAUGGUGCUUAGAUAAUUGCACCUACUCGAAUUCAACAGGGAAAACUGAACCAACCAAAAUAAUUACUGCUAGACCACUGUGAGGUUUUGAAAUUAAAGACUAUGAUACUUAAACAAGAGUUUUCAACAACUGUACCACUACACUGCGUCUUCAUGCUUUGAUUAGAAAUGCCUCAGAAGUAAAAUAUUACUCCAGUAAAUGCUUUUGGUCUUUUUUUAUUUUUUAAAAAUUGUAAUCUGCUUACUUCUUACAGGCACACUUCUUCUCUGGGUUUUUCUUUGAAUUGCUUUCACAAAAUAUUGCUUGUAUUAUCUUUGUAAUCCUGGAUUGACAAGAAUAAUACCAUGAUUUGCCUUUGGGGCGGGGGUGGGGGGCGGGAAAGGAUUUGUGAAAUUAUUUUAAUAGAGCUAAUUUGUUUUGUUUCUUUUGCCUUUCACAAGCAAUUGUUCUCUAAUAAGGUUGCAUACCUUGUGCAUCUGCAUACAACCUGAUCUUUUCUUAAAAUAUGGCUUCCAGUUGCCAUUAUUAGAGGGGUUAAAAAAAACCCAACCCUGUAAUUAAGAUACUUGUUCACAAUUAAUAUAGUACCAUGGAUAUGAAACACUUUAAUUAAACAUCACUUCUUUUCAUACGGU